GCGAAGACGAGAAGACAGUCUAAUGAAAAUAUACGAAGAGGGAUCAGAGGAGCUCAAAUUAAGGCUGAAGUCUAUUAGAAAUGCUUGUGUAGAAGGUACAGAGAAGCAGUCUGAGCUGGCAAAGGAACAUCUAGAAGAAUUAAAGGAAUUACUCAUACGGUUCACUUCCCCUCAAUCUGGAUUCUAUGAUAUAACUAUUCUCAUAUUGCUCACACAAACGCUAUCUAACCUCGUCACUCAACAUAGCGCCAACCAACAAUUAAUUUGGAAUGAAUUCAAAGGUGAUAUCCCGCGCUUACUAUCUUAUCCUGAUUUGAAUGUUGUUUCUACCGGACUAAUCUUUAUACGGAACUUGUCAUCGACAGCCAACGUGCACUUGGUAACCGAGAGACCGGUUUUGAUAGCAUUGUUGGAUUUACUUAUUAGGUUGGAAUCUACGCAAGAAGAUGAUGAUUCCGUUUUUCAUCUAGCCUUUAUUGUCGUAUCAUCAAUCAUUGAGCAAGAGAAUGUGGACAGUAUUUGGAAUUUGUUAGAUACAUUCGUAGAGGAACCAUUAACACCACCUCAAGCGGCAUUUAUUAAAUGUUUCGACGCCUACAUUCACAAAAAUGGACCGAAAGAUAUAACACCCCUGUUCCUUAUAUCCUUCUUAACGCGUGCAUUAGAAUUCGCACGAACAUCCAUGCAAACGUCAGUCUCUGCAAACGUUGAGCCAGACCCACGUUUAGCUGCUGUCGUCCAGACAUCCAUAGUAGCUGCAGAAACUUUCACAGCUUUCCAAUCUGCAUUUGAGCAUGCACCUUCGCAUUUAUUACUCGGAAAUUCACGGUCGUCAAAUCUUCCGGAAAUUGCUGUUGGCACACUCGAAGCAUCACUUUCAUUCCUGCCUUCUAUACAGCCAUUCUCAAAGGAAAGCGAGCAAGAAGACCCUUUGAAGAAGUUUGCGAAUUUCAAGCCAGCGCUUAUGCGUUUAAUGUCAGUCUUAGCAGGAAGCGAUGUGUCUGUCAAAGAGCGUAUUGGGGCUGUUGGUGGUCUUAAAGCAUGUAUGAAUUGCGCACACGUCGAUGCACGUGAAAGUUCCAUGAGGGAAAGUGCUCUGUUUACGUUGUCAGUCUUACUUAAAGAGCAUCCAAGCAACCAACAACGUGUUCGUGACCUCGGUGAUACACCAGUUGGUGUGUUAGAUGCACAAGGUGUCUUGCAGCCAUUUGAAGGCAAGAACACUCGCCAAAUUUAAUCCAUAGGAUUUAAAUUUAUGCAAUAUUUAAGUUUAUUUAUUAAAUGUAUUAUAAUUGUCCACUUGGAAACACUUUAUAAUGGAUGAAAUACAAAACACGAUCAAUCGUGAUAAG